AUGGUCAAGCCCGUUGUCAUCCUUCUUGCUGCGGCUGCCUCUGCCCUGGCACUCCCCACGCAGCGUUUUAUGGAUACCCUGCAAUCCAUCUUUGGGACUACUACAUUAGAUAUUCCUAAACCUGAGAUUGGUUGGACCGAUCCACGCCUCAAUGGCGGACGGUUUCUAGACUUCACGACUCCCAGAUAUGGCGAACCGCUAAAUGUCAUCAUAUCUAACCAGUCGGAUCCCUUUAUUUUGACGGAUGAUGGCUUCCGUCUGUAUUAUAAGUCCAUUGGGUUUUCCGAGGAGUGCUUAGGGCUCCAUUAUGGUCAUGUCCACAAAGCAGAUCUCGGCGACGGCGACAGCAAGAAAUCCGAGCACAUUCUAGCAAGGCAACACUACUUUCCUAAGUGGGGAACGUGCUGGGAAAGUAUAGCAGGAGGAAACCACUUUCGCGCCUGGAAGCAGAAUGGCUCAGAAAUCGACACUGGAGCGUGGUUUUUGGCUGUCUCCAAGGAAAUGGAUUCCACUAAGAACCAUAUGAUUAUUCCGGACGGAUAUAACAUCGGUCGUGACUUGCUCGUCGAAGCCGCUACAUCUGUCAGCCACUGGAAUAGCAGGUGGUGGCAAGCUGAUGUGGAAUGGCGGACUGGUCUUCUUGAACCAGGAUACAAAGGAAUUAACCAUGCUAUUGCGCAAGAUGGACGCAUUGCGAUCCUGACUGUUCAUCGACUAUAG